ACAUGAUUCAAGAGGUCACUGGAAACAGGAAUAUUUCCUUCCUGUCUGCUGGAUUCUCUGGUAACACAACAUUCCAGACAACAGGCGACUUGAGCUCCACGCAGUCAAACUCCUCUGCAAAUGUGACCUUUGUUCGUCCUGCAACAUUUUUCGUCAACGGCUUUUCUAAUAUGCCACAUGCAAAAUACUACUAUGUGUUCUUGUGUUUGGUGUAUGUUGUGACUGUUUUAGGGAAUUCAUUUAUCAUGUGUACCAUUUAUUUGGCCCGCAGACUUCACACAGCCAAAUACAUUGCUGUUUUCCAUCUGGCCAUUUCUGAUCUGUGUGGAAGCUCGGCUUUGAUCCCAAAAACCAUAGACAUGUUUUUAUUUGACCACCAGGAGAUUUCAUAUGAAGCAUGUUUGAUGAAUAUGUUUUUUGUUUUUCAUUUCAUGAACGUGCAGUCUUUGACACUAGUUGCCUUGGCUUAUGACAGACUGGUUGCUAUUUGUUUUCCUCUAAAGUACCAUGCAGUUAUUACCAAAACAUCCAUGUCACUCAUCAUAGGCAGUAUGUGGAUUUUUUCUAUGACUUUUUUUGCUGUACUUGUGGGUUUAGUCAACAGACUCUCUUUUUGUAGAUCUACUGUGGUCAGUAGUUAUUUCUGUGACCAUGGCCCUGUCAUCAGCCUUUCCUGUAAUAAUAAUUUCAUAAAUUAUCUCUUGGCAUAUAUUGGCUUUGGUCUCCUGAUUUGCAUGCCGGUGAUGUUGAUAACCAUCUCAUAUUGUUGCAUUGCUGCAGCAUUGCUUAAGAUCGCCCAUGGUGCUGAUCGCAUAAAAGCCAUGAAAACCUGCACCUCACAUCUCAUGUUAGUAGCAAUUUUUUAUCUCCCAAUUUUAAGUGUAAAUGUUAAAUCCAUCUCAACAUCUAUUGAUCCAAACUCCCGGAUAUUUAACAAUUCCCUGACACAAAUAAUACCACCUAUGUUGAAUCCCAUCAUAUACACUCUAAAGACAGAGGAGGUCAUGCAAUCCAUAAAAGAAAUGUACAACCGACGCAAGGUGAACACUAUUUUGGAAAGAAAUGUGAAACAGAGAAAAUAA